AUGAUGAGUUGGCCCGAUACCAUACAAAAAGGUGAUUCACGUAUCGCAUGUAGACCAGAUCUUAUAUUUAUUGCAUAUUUAAAUGAUCAAAGAAUUGAUCUUUUAAAUAUGGAGACUGGUCGCCCCAAUUCCCCUAAACGAAAACAGAAACAAGAUCAUUUAAAGUUAGCGCGACUUGCAAAAAAUUUGAUAGAUUUUGCAAGAACCCAUCUUAAGCAAUACAUUAAAAAGGGAAUAUUAAGUAAUUUGUUAUCAAUAUUUUCUAUCAAUGUUGCUG